UUGCUCUGUGUGUACAGCACAGCAAAGGCCAACAUGAAAACAGCCACAGUCUUGGUUCUGGUGGUUUUGGUCACUGUGGGGAUGGACAUGACCUGUGCUCUGAGAUCUCCACACAGAAGACUACAAAAACCUGGAGUCUGCCCCACAGUGCCUCCAGGAACUUUUGGGAUUUGUGUGGAAAAAUGCUCAGGAGAUGAAUCAUGUCCCAAGGAAAUGAAGUGCUGCAGUAAUGGGUGCGGUCAUGUCUGCAAAUCUCCUGUUUUCAAAAAGGUGGGCCGUCCCGUGCAAGGUGGGAUGGAUACUUACAAGCAUGACUGAUGACCAGCCCCGGAAGAUUGCUUCUGAAUCCAUGAAUCCCAUGCUUGACUUCUCCCUAGUUCUGGAAUUGCAGUUUUAGAAGAUGAAGAUCUAUAACAGGCUGGAUGCAUUCUAAGUUGCUUGUCUCCAAAAUAAACUGUUAUCUGUGGCAUUA